GUUGAGAAAUGAAGGUUUAAGAAAAGUUAGAGAUCUACAGCUAUUAAAAGAAAGAGAGGAAGAAUGUCAAUGCUCCGGGUACACUCUAAGGAUCUACAUGAACAUGUUGUAUCCGAGGCAGGAGAGUGUCUUGAGUCUGGUCUCUACACGGACCUUAUUAUACGCUGUAAGGACAGAAAAACUGUGCACGCACAUAAACUUGUCCUGGCCGCUGUUAGUCCCUAUAUCCGGUCCUUGAUGGAUCUCGGAGACGAGGUUGUGUUCCUCGAACUGCCGGAGUACACCAAGGAUGAGAUUGAAUCCUUAAUCUCUAUUAUCUACAAUGGAAGCAUAGAUGCUAGUGUGGAGGAGAUUAGAGAUAUGUUAACUCUAGCGCAUAGUUUAUAUAUUCCGGUACCUGUCUCCGACCAGUUGAAUAGUAUGCUAGGAUUAAACCUUACUCCUCAUCCUACUCUGAUUCAACCCAACCUACCGUCAUCCCACAACAUGCUCAUGAAGAGUAUGUCUGAAAUGGCGGUCCUGUGUCCCCCUGGUUUGCCCGGUCCUGCUCCAGGUUUACCCGGAAUACCAGGGAUGAAUGCCCAGGCCCUGUCUUUACUUCAGCAGCAAAUUUUUAACCAGUACGCUUUGUUUAGCAGCCUUCCAGACCCUCCCAAACAGAAUAUAAAGACGACAUUUCCUGCAAUGUCGCCUUCCUUACAUCCAGCGUUAAUGUCUCCGAAUCAGAAUCAAGAUAGAGAAAAUUUAAACAAUCAGUUAAACCAGAUAAUCAGCUCAUCAUUUCAGAGUGAUACUGGAAGUUAUGUUUGUAACAUUUGUGACUCCAUCUACACUAAUAAAGGAAACUUUAAGCAGCAUAUAGAGAAACAUAUCAAGAACGGAGAAAUACCAGGGGAUUCUUCUCAGACAGGGUUAGAUUGUUCCGGAACCCUUUAUCACUGUAGUAUCUGCAAUAGUAGUUACAACCACCCUGGGAACUAUAAACAGCAUAUGCUCAAGCAUGAGCGUGAACAGAGGGGUCGGACGGAGAGAAACCCGGAGUCUAAUCAUCUCAACUCCGUCCUACAAUCUGCCUUCGCGGAUCGAGUGGAUAAUGGUGAUCCCGGUAAAAUCUAUGUGUGCCAUGAUUGCAACCGAACCUUUAAACACCCCGGUAACUUUAAACAGCACAUGGCGAGCCAUAACCGUCCACAGAUCACUUCCCCCAACCUCUCCAGUUUUCUCAAGCGUCCCAUGCCGGGCCUGGUGAAGAUGGUGAACGGAGAGACGAACGGGAACGGAAAGGAGGAGUGGGACUGCCCGGAGUGUAGAGAACGGUUUGAUAAAGAUGUAGAUCUCCAGGUUCAUAUGAAGACUGAGCAUGAUAUUGAAAUGGUGAUCCCCCCGGGACAGAUAAAAAGAGAAGAAGAGUUUAAGGAAGAAGAAGAGAUUGAAGAGAAACAUAAUUCUUCUUUCGGAGACGAGGAAGCGAUGAAAGCUUUGGCAAUAGCUGCUGGAGAGGCUAGGCUUGCAAACUUCCAUUGCGAUAUUCCGGGCUGCUACCAAUCCUUCACAACCGAAGGUUGGCUGCUCCGCCACCGGCAGAAGCAGCACGCCGACCUAAUGCUACCUGAACCUGGACCUAGAACCUUUACAUGUUUACAGUGUGGAAAACAGUUUAAUAAACCCAGUAAACUGACACAACACAUGAAAACCCACAGUCCUGAAUCCCAUUACAAGUAUCCCUGUGAUAUCUGUGGAAAGAAGUUCACACGUCCUCAACAUGUAAACAGGCAUAAACUCCUGCAUACAGGAGAGCGGCCCCACUCAUGUAACACUUGUGAUAAAACCUUCGCAAGAGAAGAUAAGUUAAAAAUGCAUGUGAAGACUGGUUGCUCCGGGAAUGAUCUCGAUAUGUCCCUGGAGAGUAGGGAUAGCGGGGGACAGGGAGAGAGAAUGGUGAUAGGGGAGCUAGAGGAGGAUAGUAUAGUGGAUAUAUCAAGUAAUGUUCAAGUCGGGGUCAUCUGUUAAAUAUCUUUUAUUAUUUGUUUUGUUAAGUUAUACCUCUCUAGUUAACAAUAUACAGUGAUAAUAAUUUAA